AUGGCAACAAUCACUGUAAAACAACCAUGUGCUAAAUGUAACAAGGGUGGAGGUGUUACGACAUGUAAUGGAUGUCGACAAACAUAUUGUACAAAACAUUUUGUUGAACAUCGUCUUGAACUUUCACAACAAAUGGAUGGUAUUAAUCGAGAUCAUGAUGUACUUCGAGAAGAUCUAUUGAAAGAAAUUCCAAAACAUUCGUUGUUCCUUCGUAUUGAUACAUGGGAACAAGAAGCAAUUAGUAAAAUUCAUCUAGCAGCGGAAACUGCUCGAAAUGAUCUACAACAAUUACUUAAUCGAACAAAAAAUGAUUUAAAAUUAUCAAUAGAAAAAAUGACUGGUGAACUACAUUCAAGUCAACAAACAGAUGAUUAUACAGAAAAUGAGCUUAAACAAUGGAUGGAACAAUUGAAGGAAUUUCGUAAAAAACUUGAUAGUCCAUUAUCAACUAUGACGAUUAUAAAUGAUGAUGAGAUCAAAUCAUCUAUUCAUCUAAUACGAAUUUGUGAUAAACAACAUCAACAAUUACGACAACGUUCUUCUACACCUACAAUACGAACACCUGAUUAUCGUACUCAGCAUGCUAAAGAAUCUAUUCAUUGUUUUAUUGAAAAACAACAACGUCCAUCAACUCCUACAAUUCGAACAUGUGAUCAUCGUACUAAUACUACCAAAGAUUCUAUGAUGGAAAAACAAUUACGUUCUUCUACACCUACAAUUCGAUCAUCUGAUCAUCGUACUAAUAGUAUAAAAGAUUCUAUUACAGAAAAAUUCAAUGAAAUCGAUGGAAAAGCUAUAUUAUCAGAAGAUAAUCUUGUUGUUACUUGUUGUUUAGCAUCAAUACUAACUCAACCAAUAAUUUAUGGUCUUAACCAAUAUUCAUCUGGAAAACAUCAAAUACGUUUUCGAAUUGAAAAAAUGGGUGAUUUACGUUUAUUUUUUGGAAUUAUUCGUUCAUUAGAAAAUAUUAGUAGAUCAGGUCAAGCUCAAAAUAAUAAUAAUAAUUCACUUUAUGGUUGGUGGGAUUUAAAUGAAACUAUUAUAAAUGGUAAAAUGCAAUCAAGUAAAUAUCGAAAUAUCGUAACAACAGGUGAUGAAAUUACACUAGUGUUAGAUUGUGAUAAUAAACAAAUUCAAUUACUUCAUCAUCGAACAAAACGAGUAGCAUUAUGUUCUAUUGAUCCUGAAAAAUGUCCAUUUCCAUGGAAAAUAGUUAUUAGAUUACAAUCUGCUGGUGAUUGCAUACGUAUUCUUCAAUAA